AUUAUUAUUUAAUAUUAUUAUUAUGAACUAUAGAUUAUGGAUUUAAUAUUUGGGGACAAAGCUUUGAGUAAUCCUCUGGCAAUUGCAACAAGUGAAGGUCCAAUGAACUCUUCUCAGGAGUUAGCAUCAACUUCAUCCACGAUUUCAUGUUCUAACGUAAAAAGUCCGCAGUGGAAGAGAAGACAAAUGGAACAUGUCUUAGAAGAAUUCGUAGAAAAUAUAGAAAAAGAAAAAGACGAAAGAAGAAAAAAAGAGGCAAAGUACCAAAAAAUGCGAGAACAAAAUCGACUAGAUCGGGAAAGAAGACACAAGGAGCAAAUAGAUGUGCAAAAAUCCUUAGUUUCCAUUUGAGAACAAUUUUUAAAAUAAAAUUAUAAAAUGGAAACUAAGUAUUUUUAACUAAAAAUAUAGUUUCU